UUCGUUAUAUACUUAACAUUUUAUUAAUAUAUAAACCUCAUGAAUUCAAUUGUUACAAUCAAUAAAUUACCACUUCUACAAUUUGGCUUGAAACUCAACACCAAUGGCUCGAGUUCAAUUCUCCAUGGGAGCAAUUUGUUUCAUACUUGUCCUAGCUUAUGGCACCCUAAAAUGUGUCCAAGGAGCAGAAUCUAUACCAGGUCUUGGUAUCAAUUGGGGUGCUCUUGCAUCACACCCUAUGAGUCCUAGCAUUGUUGCAAAUAUGUUGAGAGAUAAUGGAAUUAAGAAGGUAAAACUUUUUGAUGCAGAUUCUUGGAUCGUUAAGGCUUUUUCUGGUAUGGACAUUGAAGUCAUGGUCGGAAUUCCUAAUGAUCAACUGAGUAAAUUUGCUAGCAGUAGUUCGGAUGCAGAAGAUUGGGUAAAAAUAAAUGUCACCAAACAUCUUCAUAAUGGGGGUGUGAAUAUCAGAUACGUAUCAGUUGGAAAUGAACCAUUCUUGAAAAGUUAUGGCUCUGCAUAUGUGCAGAAAACAUUCCCGGCUAUGCAAAAUAUUCAAAAAGCUCUUGAUAAGGCUGGGCAUGGAGACAUAGUAAAGGUGACUACAGCUUUGAAUGCAGAUGUUUAUGCGUCUAAUUCAAACAAACCAUCAGAUGGAGAUUUUCGAGAUGACAUUCGUGAUGUUAUUAAACAAAUACUUGAAUUUCUACACGAAAGGAAUUCGCCAUUUCUCGUCAACAUAUACCCUUUCCUAAGUCUAUAUCAAAGUGAAGGUUUUCCAGAAGAUUUUGCAUUCUUUGAUAACCAAAGCAUGACAAUUAGUGACAAUAAUACACAAUAUAGCAAUGUGUUUGAUGCAAAUUUAGAUACUCUUGUUUGGGCAUUAAAAAAGGCCGGUUAUGGAGACCUUAAAAUUGUUGUUGGUGAAAUUGGUUGGCCAACUGAUGGUAACAAACAUGCUAAUGCUAACAAUGCAAAAAGAUUUUACCAAGGAUUUCUUAAAAACAUGGCUAGCAAAAAAGGAACUCCGAUGCUCCCCGGACCAAUGGAUGCUUAUCUAUUUUCUCUUUUUGAUGAGGAUUUAAAGAGUAUUGCACCUGGUUUUUUCGAACGUCAUUGGGGAAUUUUUCGCUACGAUGGAAAGGCGAAGUUUCCUAUAGAUUUUUCUGGUAACGGAGAAGAAAAAUGGCCACAAGAAGCAAAAGGUGUUAAGUACCAAGAACAUAAAUGGUGUGUCCUAAGCGCAGAUGUUAAGAAUUAUUCUUUGGUGCCAGGGGCAUUAGACUAUGCUUGUGCUGGUGCUGACUGUACAAGUUUAGGAUAUGGUUGUACUUGUGAUAAUUUGGGAUUAGCUGGUAAUGCAUCUUAUGCUUUUAACCAAUUUUUUCAAGCAAGAGAUCAAAGUGUUGAGGCAUGUGAUUUUAAUGGAAUGGGUAGUAUUGUAACAGAGGAUCCAUCAAAGGGAACAUGCUUAUUCCCUAUAGAAAUUGAGAGCAGCGGAGUUAUAGUAACAUCAAUGCGUAUGGUGACAAUCCUUUUAAUUGGAUUGUCAUUAUUUUUUAUAACAUUGUGAAUUUAAUAAAAUUUAUGUUGAUGGUAUAUAUAUCAUUGGAGCAUGAUUGAUUAAUAAUGUAGAUAUGCCAUGUUUGUGUAUUUGGUGGGAUUUUUAACCUUGUUGUAAUUUCUUUUGGUUAGUUGUCUCAAUUUAUAAGACUGUUUUGGCAAAAAUAUAUGAAUUAAUAAAAGUACUUUUUUGCAUUAAA